AUGGCCGAUCCUGGAAAUGCAAAUACUUUCAGAAGAGAUGAACCGUACGGUUUCCAGCUUCCGACUCCUAAUAUAAAUACUUUUGAGGAAAGUUCGGAGCAAGCAUCUUUUGCAGGAGGUCCGAUUAGGCACCGCAAAAAACGUAAUCAUACAAAUACGCCAUAUACGCGGGUUGCCAGUUCACCUAAUCCGAAUCCUCAAGAAACUUCUUGGCUGUUGGGUGUUAUUAAAAAAUAUAUCCCACAGUGGUUGAGAACAUUUAUAUGGCCAACAGCUAUACCCACCACUGAGGCUACAGCUAUGGAAAUAGCUUCAACCGAAACUGAAACAGAGAAUAUUGUUCAAAGUUCUAUAGAGGAACUAAACGGUGCAAUGAAGCGUGAAGAACAACCCCAACUAUCACAAUUGGAUACAAUAACAAAAAUGAAUUUAAAAAGCAAAUUUAACAGAUCAAGUUCAAGAAUUGCCGCAAGGUUUGGUCGUAGAAUGUAUUCAAACCCUCUGCAUAGGCGAGGAACCAUUCCUAGAAAGAGGUUUAAUCAUGUUUCGGCACGAGAAGAGGAUCUACUUUAUCCGGAUGAGAUAAAUGAACCAUUAUCAGAUAAAGAACAAUGCCCAGAAAUACCAGUGGAUUGGUAUAAGCCUUUCAAAAAUUUAGCCGUUAAUGACUCAUUUUCAACAUCAUCAUCGGGAGCAUCAACGCCUUCACAAGAGCCAGACACAAGUAAAAAAUCUUUAUCUCAAGGGCCUCCUCUUAAAAAAUUCAAAUCAGAUCUUGUCCCGGACAUAAAUUGGUUCAAUUACCAUCCUACAGAAAAAAAGGAAGAAAAGUCGGCGUCCGUUCCUUCAAGUUCAAUUUUGAAAAAUCAAAAUAUGCCUGCUAGUGACAACUUAUCGAAAGUUCCUGCCAUUAGCUCUUUGAUCCCUGUUUCUAAGCCAAGUGAUUCUGAACCAUACUUAAGUAAUAAUGUUGAGGAGCUUAGUACUACCCCUUUGACACAGCCAAAAUUCAUUAAAAUUGUCGAUCAUUCAGCUAAAAAUGAUCAAUAUUAUAGUGAAACAAAGAAAAUGAUCGAUUUCUCUUCUUUAAAUGGUUCCGUUAGUACAACUUCUACACCAUUCAUUUCAAAAGAUAUUCCAUCAAUUAGUACUACUUCUACACCGUUCAUUUCAAAAGAUACUCCAUCAAUUAGUACUACUUCUACACCGUUCAUUUCAAAAGAUACUUCAUCAAUUAGUACUACUUCUACACCGUUCAUUUCUAAAGAUACACCAUCAAUUAGUACUCCUGUCAAUAAAAGACCCUAUGACACAGUUUUUAAUACACCGACGACAAAACCUUUUGGAUCUGAAAGUAAAAUCAUGACUACCAAUAAAAUACAGGGACCUUCAGAUUUACUUCCUGAUACAACGACGCCCAAGUCUAUUUUUGGAUCUGGAAGCAAAACUCAAAGCUCAAACUUAACAUCGAAUAAACCUUUUAUCGGAUUUAAUACUAAAACUCUUGAUUUGUCUAAUAUACCACCAAAACUUUUUCUCUUCUCCGUUCCAAAUAUUGAUAAAGAGGAAAAAGAAAAUAAGGACAGGGAAAAUAAGGAGAGAAUGGAGAAUAAAGAGGAGAGUGAAGAGAAAGAAGGAAAAGAAAAUAAAGUAGAAGAA